AUGCUGUUGGCAGUAACGCGGGGACUGGUGCGGGCCGCGCUGCGAGCCGGCGCAGGCCCGGCGGCGGCGCAGGCCCAGGUCCAGGCCCGGCUGGCAGCGAGCUCCACCACCGAGACUCGCCCUACUGUCAGACCAAAAAAUGAAGUAGAACAGAAGCAGCUGUGUGCUUUUGGGGAGUAUGUGGCUGAGAUUCUGCCCAAAUACAUCCAGCAAGUACAGGUGACCUGUUUCAAUGAACUGGAACUGUUGAUCCAUCCAGAUGGAAUUAUUCCGGUUCUGACCUUCCUUCGAGACCACACUAAUGCCCAGUUCAAAUCCUUGGCUGACUUGACUGCUGUGGAUGUCCCCUCCCGGCAGUACCGCUUUGAGAUUGUGUACAACCUCCUGUCUCUGCGGUUCAACACCCGUAUCCGUGUGAAGACAUACACCGACGAGCUGACACCCCUCGACUCAGCCGUGUCCGUGCACAAGGCAGCAAACUGGUACGAGAGGGAGAUCUGGGACAUGUUUGGUGUUUUCUUCGCCAACCACCCUGAUCUAAGGCGAAUCCUCACAGACUAUGGGUUCGAGGGCCAUCCUUUCCGGAAGGACUUUCCACUCUCUGGUUACGUGGAGCUGCGGUAUGAUGAUGAGGUGAAACGGGUAGUGGCAGAGCCUGUUGAGCUAUCCCAGGAAUUCCGCAAGUUUGAUCUGAACAGUCCUUGGGAGGCAUUUCCUGCCUAUCGCCCAGCACCGGAAACCCUGAAAAUAGAAGCUGGAGCCAAGAAAGAAGAUGCAAAAUAGCUGCAGAAUGGAGCAGAUGCACAGCCACUAUCCUUUCUGUUCUAGCACAGUAUUUAUAAUAAUAAACAUUGAUAAGAGA